AUGGCCAAACUACCCUUAUGGUCUAGGGUUAGGGUUUCAAAUAGUGAAUCGAGAAUCAAGUUCUGUCAAUCAUCUAUUGGUUCUUCAAGGAAAGAUAUAGAUCAGAUCAAAGGACCGUGGAGCCCCGAGGAAGAUGACUCGUUGCAGAAGCUUGUCCAAAAGCACAGCCCUAGGAAUUGGUCCCUCAUAAGCAAAUCCAUCCUUGGGAGGUCUGCCAAGUCUUGUCGUCUUCGGUGGUGUAACCAGCCCACUCCACAUGUGGAGCAUAGAGCUUUUACGCCCGAAAAGGAUGAGAUGAUGAUCCGAGCGUACGCCAAGUUUGGUAACAAAUGGGCAACAAUCGCUCGUCUCCUCUCUAGUCGCACCGACAACGCAAUCAAAAACCAUUGGAAUUCAACCCUUAAGCGCAAAUGCUCGUCCAUGGUCAAUGACGCCAAUGACGAUGCACAAGCACAGCAGCCGCUUAAGAGAUCGAAUAGUGCUGGCGCCGCCAUGGAACUCGACCCUUAUGAGGUUUCUAAUCAUGUUUCAGGGGGUUUGGGUGGUUCAAGCCAUGCAACAACCCCUAACCAGCUACCCACUCCCGUGGUUGUGCCUACAGCCGUCUCGAUGCAACAAUUUCCGCCACCCCAUCAUGAGUUCCUUUCUGUGAUGCAAGAGAUGAUCAAAAAGGAAGCUAGGAAUUACAUGUCUGGGUUUGAGCAGAAUGGGCUGUGUCUACACGCUAAAGGGAAUAAGAACGCGGCUGUGAAGCGUAUUGGCAUCAGAAAGAUCGACUAG